GGGUGGUUUCCAGGGCGAACGUGGCGUCAUUGGCGGUGAAGGGUGAGAGGUCGGGGAGCAGCUGGCUGGGUGUUGGCUGCCGCUGGCGGAGGAGCUGCGGCGCCCGCGGCUCGGGAACGCCUCGCAGGCAUGGAGUUGGAGACGGCGCUGGAGGCCGUGAGGGGGCGCGGCGGGGCCGAGGGCCUCGAGCGGGUCCUGGGCCGGUACAACGAGAAGAAUAGAGCCACUUUCAAAUUUGAUCCUGCAGAUGAGGAGAAAAGAAAGAAACUGUGCGAAGGAAUCUUAAACAUCCUCGAAAAAGACACACACACUUCAUGUCAAGUUGCCUGUCUUGAAGCCCUUCGGAUUCUCUCCAGAGAUAAGAAGGUUUUAGUGCCUGUGACAACAAAGGAAAACAUGCAGAUCUUGAUGAGGCUGGCAAAGCUGGACAUGACAGAAGAUUCUUUGGAGGAUGUGUCCAAUUUCCCUGUUAUAGUGGAAGCUUUAAAAUGCCUCUGUAACAUAGUUUUUAAUAGUGCCAUUGCACAGAAGCUCAGUUUGGAACUGAACCUUGCAGCUAUGCUUUGCAAUCUACUGAAAAAAUGCAAGGACCAACAGUUUGUUGAUGAUAUUAAAUGUUUUGAUUUGCGCCUUCUCUUCCUCCUGUCACUUCUGCACACAGAUAUUAGGUCACAGUUGCAUCAUGAGCUACAAGGGUUGCAGGUUUUGACUCAAGCCUUGGAAAGUUCAUUUAGCAUAAGAUGGACAGACAAGUACAAAGCUGCUGAAGAGCAUGAUGGAUCUCCUUUAUCGCUGCAAGAAACAGAUUGUGCCAUUGAGGCACUCAAAGCUCUCUUUAAUGUGACGCUUGACAGUUGGAAUGUCCACAGUGAGAAUGAAUCUCAUCAAUUUCGUUAUAUGGCUGCCAUCCUUCGCCACUGCUUAUUAACCGUGGGGCCUACUGAAGACAAAACUGAAGAAUUGCACAGUAAUGCAAUCAACCUUUUAAGCAAUAUUCCAGUUUCUUGUUUGGAUGUUCUCAUAAAUCCAUCAACCCAAGAAGAAACAGUUUUGAAAUAUAAUGGUAUGAAUAUGAAUGCCAUUCAAGUGUUGCUCGAUUUCAUGGAGAAAAGAAUAGACAAGGGAAGCAGCUACAGAGAGGGUCUGACUCCAGUUCUCAGUUUACUAACAGAAUGUUGUCGAGCUCAUCGGAACAUCAGGAAGUUUAUCAAAGCUCAGGUAUUGCCUCCAUUAAGAGAUGUAUCAAAUCGUCCUGAAGUUGGCACAACAGUGAGAAACAAACUUGUGCGCCUUAUGACACAUGUUGACCUUGGAGUAAAGCAAAUUGCAGCAGAAUUCCUUUUUGUCCUUUGUAAGGAAAGAGUUGACAACUUGUUAAAGUAUACAGGCUAUGGUAAUGCAGCAGGCCUGCUGGCAGCAAGGGGCCUGUUAGCAGGAGGAAGGGGAGAUCAUUGGUACUCUGAUGAUGAAGAUACAGACACUGAAGAAUAUAAAUCUGCAAAGCCAAAACUCUCUCAAAGACGCAUGUUAAAAAAAAAAAAAUAUGCAGAUUCCAGCCUAUCUUGGACCUCCUAUUGUAACAUCUCCUUGAGUUCAGUAGGUUACAGCAACAAUUUUUUCCCCCCUAAAGCAACACAUACCACUAAGAGAAGAAAAGAGACGGAAGACUUCAAUCUCCCUGUAGUUUGGGGACAUCUUCCUCUUGGUCUCUUUUUCAAGAACCUGACCUGAAAACAGUCCUGUCAUCUCCAGAUAAUAAAUUAUGGGCAUCUUGAAUGUAAAAGAUAUUUGUGAGCAUGUAGUCUGGGAUUUGCCAUUUUGUUUAUGUGAAAAGGUCUUAAAGGUCCUCUACUACUUAUAUUUUUAUUUUAUUGAAUAUUAUUUUUCAUUUCAUUUUUGGAAGUGUGAUUCUGCUCUGAAAAGUCAUACUUUUUUUUUUUAAAGCUGUGGUGUCCUGUGUUUUGUGACUGAUUUCCAUAUCAAAUUGACUCUCGGUUUACAAGUAAAAUAUGUUUGGGAGAAGGGGGUUCCUAGCAGCCAGUACUGUAAAUUCAGCCUCUGAUCUUAGUAAAGCUUGGUUCAGUAAAAAUGAGUGUGAGAAAGAAAUAAAGGAAGUGGUGAUGCCAUUUUAAGGUACUCCCCACCACUUUUUUUUUUGAUCAAGUGCACCAUCAGAACUGGGCCAUAUGUGCCAAAAGUAAUAGUUCCAGAAAAUUUAACUCAAAAUGCCUAUCUUGAAUAGAAUUCCUCUUUUAAAUCUUGACCCAUAGGCAUAAUGACUACUAGUGAAACUUGGGUAUAUGCGCACUUAACAUGGAGCUAAUGUAAUAAAAAAUUAAAAAGCCAACAAAAUGAAUAUAAAACAAUGUGGAGGAAGGCCAUCCAUGAAAAGAACUGCAGAAUUCUACUUGCAAUUCUGUCUGAAGGAGUUAAACCAUUUUAUAAUGCUACCAGGGAGCAUUAACUUUUAAAACAGUUAUCUGUCAAAAUCCAAAAAGAGAAAUUUUGUUGGUAAAUGUAAAUGCUACAGCCAUCUUUUUUUUCUCCCCCCCCCCCCCCCCCGUCACAGCAUUAAUCUAAUCACUGGCCACGUAGAGGAGCCAAUGCCCAACCCUAUGGAUGAAAUGACAGAAGAACAAAAAGAAUAUGAAGC